AUGGAAACUGAAAAUGCAGAACAAAUGUUCUGUGAAGCUUUUCAGAGACUUCAGCCUGCUUUCAGUUACCGCAAAGCCCCACCACCUAUCCCUCCAAGGCUUCUCUCCAAGCCUCUCAUCUCGGUGACCGCCCAGAGUAGCACAGAAUCUACCCAUGAAACCUUUCUGCACAAUGAGCCUACCCGAUUGCCUUGGUCCAAAGAUGUCAAGGUCCACUGCAAUUCUAGUGAGAGUCUGGAAGGAACCAAGUCCAGAGGUCUUUCCUUGGAUCUGGCAACAGUCCAGCACAGAGCUUCACCCAAACCUUCCACUGUGAUCAGCAAAGCCCUACCAUCAAGGGAAGAGCUAAAAGGUGGCACACGUCAAAGAAAAUGGCGCCCAUCUAUUGGUGUACAGGUAGAGACAAUCUCUGACUCAGACACUGAAGCAAAGAGCAGGAGAGAAGUUCACUCCAUUGGGGUUCAAGUAGAAGAUGACAGAAGGAGGUCAAGGUUUAAACGCUCUAACAGCGUGACUGCCGGAGUUCAGGCUGAUUUGGAGCUUGAAGGCUUCCCUGGACUGACUGUUCCCACAGAAGACAAAGGCCUGCAGUUUGGACGCUCCUUUCAGCGACACUCCUCUGAGCCUUCAGACACCAGCCAGCAGUACUCAGUGUAUAAGACAGUUCAUACUCAAGGCCAAUGGGCAUAUAGAGAGGACUAUCAAAUGCAGUAUGAUACAGGAGAAGAAUCUCGUCAGGAGUCUUGGAUGGACAGAGGCACUCGGAGUCUCCCAGACUCUGGAAGAGCUUCUCCAUGUCACAGGGAUGGAGAGUGGUUCAUUAAGAUGUUGCAGGCUGAGGUGGAAAGGAUGGAAGGAUGGUGUCAGCAGAUGGAGAGAGAGGCAGAAGAAUAUGAUCUACCAGAAGAAAUUCUGGAGAAGAUUCGCAGUGCAGUAGGCAGCUCCCAGCUCCUAAUGUCUCAGAAAGUCCAGCAGUUUUUCAGACUUUGCCAGCAGAAUAUGGACCCCACAUCAUUUCCCCUACCCACUUCUCAAGACCUGGCUGGUUUCUGGGACCUCCUUCAGCUAUCCUUUGAGGACGUGGGUAUGAAAUUUGCAGAGUUGCAGCAGAUAAAAGACAAUGGAUGGAAAUUAUUGGAAUGCAAGGAGGAGAAGAAACUUCCUCCUCCCAUACCAAAGAAGCCACUCCGUCAGAAGGUACAUCCAGUCAAAGAUCGUUCUUUGGAUUCUGUUGACCGUCAGAGGCAAGAGGCCAGGAAGAGGCUACUGGCAGCUAAACGGGCUGCCUCUUACAGGCAUAACUCUGCCACAGAGAGUGCCGACAGCAUAGAGAUUUACAUCCCUGAAGCCCAGACUCGACUGUGA